UUAAGCGCUCAAGAGACAUGUCAACAAAAACUGAGGAACACUUCCUGACAAUGCUGCUGUCAACCUGAAGAAUAACGAUCUGAAUUUUACUACUGGCCAUUCUAUCUCCAUUUUAUGAGCAUUCAAUGAAGGAAUAAUAUCUCACAAUGGCAGAGAACACACUUUCGGGUGUAAAUGUCGUGCUCGUGAUGGCCUACGGCAGCCUGGUGUUUGUGCUGCUGUUCAUCUUUGUGAAACGGCAGAUUAUGCGCUUUGCUAUGAAGUCUCGCAGAGGACCGCACGUGCCACUGGGUCAUAACGCCCCCAAGGAUCUGAAAGAAGAGAUUGACUCCUGUUUGUCAAAAGUGAAUGAUAUUCGCUAUGAGCCAAAUCUGCUCUCUAAGGAUGAUGACCGGCUAAAGCAUCAGGGCCAGAAUGGCUGUUAUAAUUAUCUCUUCAGAAUGCAAGCAUUAGAUGCCAUCAGAGACUCAGAUAUCCCAUUUCACGAGAUGUGUCGCAGUGCCAGUGCUCUGACUGGACGGCGCUACAGGAACUGGCUGCUGGAUCUGCGCAACACUCACUCUCCAUUCAAGACAAGUCACUGUGCACUCAUAGAUCGCUUGAUAGAGGGCUACGACAGCGCUCGCCAUGGAACUGGGGUGUUUGGUGAGGCAGAGUUUGUAAAGUAUAAGGAAGACCUGGCUGAACUGGCUGCUGUUGUGAAGACCUACUCCAGCAGCACCAGUCUAAAUCAGCAGCACCAGUCGGCGGCUAAAGAUCUGACCAGCUCCCCCGGCCCCUCGUCUGCCUCUACCAUUCAAGUCACAUACCUGCCCUCCAGCAGCCAGCGCAGCAAGAGGCCCAAACACUUCCUUGAGCUCAAAAACUUUAAAGACAAUUACAACACUUUGGAGAGCACACUUUAGGUGACUAAACCAUUUGAAUUACUACUGUGUAAAUAUAAAUCAGAGACUGUUAAUCAGAAGGUCCUUCAUGUAGAAUUGAACACAGGUGGGAGAUUGACAGAGACUGUGUUUUUAAAGGUUUACAGUAAACCAGGGUGUUAUGAGAAAGCUCCAAAGCACAGAGUGGAGCUGAGGAUGACUGAAAUUAUGAAAGAACAUAUGACACCAAGUAUCAUUGCUUUGAGGAGAGCAAUGCAUUUCGGAGUGUUUCGUCUGUAGAAAUAAUGUGUUCCUAGCAGAAAUCCUAGUCAUAAGAAUACUAUUUUUAUUUUUUAUAGUCCACCCAAAAAUGAAAAUUCUCAUUAUUUACUCACCCACAUGAUAUUCCAGGUGUGUAUGACUUUCUUUCUUCGUCAGAACACAUUUGAAGAAAAAUAGGUAGGUCCUUAAAAUGCAAGUGAAUGGAGAUUUCUCUUUUGAAGCUCCAAAAAUCACACACAGUCAGCAUAAACGUCAUCGAUACGACACCAGCGGUUAAAUUAAUGUCCUCUAAAGUGAUACGAUCACUUUUGGUGCAAAAAAAGUAACAUAUUUAAGUACUUAUUAACUAUAAUCCAACAUGAGGGUAAGCUUCAAGAAAGGGUGAAGUUCAAGCGGUCUUUUGUGUGAUGUAUUCGUGAUGCCAUGAUACCGAAGUAAUCUCAUGUUCUCCGCUCGGUUGAGACAUCCAGGAUAAGCAAACAAACGCACCAUUGUGGCUAAAGAAACAGAUAAUAACAGAUCUAAACCAAAACCAACCAAGCUACUGUACAGUGUUCCUCCUCACUUGUAAACUGUGACUCUUGUGCGUCAGUUCUCACAUGUUUCAUAUGCCAAUGUAAUUAUGUCACACUCGUGUACCGCUCCUGACUGGAAGCAUGAUUUAGAGUUAAAAAAGUACUUAAAUAUUUAUCUUUUUCAUGCCAAAAAUGAUCGUGUCGCUUUAGAAGGCAGUAAUUUAACAGCUGGUGUCGUAUGGAUGAAGUUAUGCUGACUGUCUGUGAUUUUUGGAGCUUCAAACGAGAAAUCUCCAUUCACUUGCAUUCUAAGGACCUACUGAGCUAAGAUAUUUUUCUAUUUUUCUUCAAAUAUGUUCUGCUGAAAAUGAAAAGUCAUACACACAUGGGAUAUCAUGAGGGUGAGAAUUUUCAUGUUUGUUAAAAGCCAUAGCCAGAGAUUCCCAGCAGUCUUAUAUCAGAACAGCCUUUAUAUGAAUUGGAAGAGGAAAUUUCACAUUCUCAUAGUCCAACGAGCAACAACAAAGCAGUCUCUUACGUUUUCUGGUACAAACACUGGGAUUCUAAACGGCUGUACAGCAGAAUAAACUGAAAAGUUACUUUACAUGCCAGUCAAGGCUCAGGGCCACUUCCCUGAGAAGAGUUGUGCAGGCCUGAUGUAAUCAGGUGAGAAUAUUUAUUUGCCAUUGAUUGAUUGAUUGUCCAGGCUUCUUUAAGUGCAAUUUUAAUCUUUGAUUAGUUAAUGUAAAUGUGCAUAUAGAAUGAGGAAUGUAAUUUGAGUCAUGAUUUGAUACGAUUGUGAUGGUACUGUUGGUUGAUGAGCUAUGAGAGGCUGUGUAUACACUGACUUUCAUUGUAUUAUAAAGUCCAUCAGGUGAGUAAUGAAGUGUCUUUAUUUUCUGUACCUCAGACUGAUCAAGUGCAAGGCCAUAUCUGUAGGAAUUCCCUUGGUUGCAUUUCAUUAACAUUAGUACUCACUGACUUGUUCUUCAGUUCCACACGCUAAAUUGAUGUGUAAAUGGAUCUUUUUUUUUUUUUGGCCAAUAGACUAUAGAGAAGUCAUUCUUAGCUUAGACAAAAAUAGAAAAUAAUUGUUUUAUUUAUGAGGCUCGCAUGUAUUUUCAUGUUUAAAAUAAAAAGAAUAGCACCCCAGUGCAUUUGACAGUGAUCAAAG